AUGACGGCGCCGCUGCCCCAGCCCCGGGGGGCCGCGCUGGCUCACAGCUGGAGAGCGGGAAGCCCCGGCUCAAGCCAGCCCUCGCGACAGCCGCUGGAGUGGAGGCAGCUCCGAGGAAAAGUAGCGUCUAAGCCCCCGUCGACCAGCCAUUCUGCCGCCUCCGCGGGACCUUUCCCUCCCCUCCUUCCCUCCCUUCCUCCCUCCCGAGGUGGAAAGGAGGGGAGCUCGGCGCGCCGAGCCUUCCGCGGGCAGGGGAAGCCGGUUCGUCCCUCUCGAGCGCACGGCGCUUCCCGGGGACUCGCAGCCGGAGCUACCCGUCCGGUUAGCUCCAGCCCCAGGCGUCUCUUGCCCCCGCCUCCUCCGGCUUCUCCUCCUGCCCCUCCUCCUGCCCCCGCCUCCGCGAGCUCACGCUCUCCCCUCCUCGGCGAACUUCAAACCAGGAAGCAGCUGCCGCCUCAUCCCCGGCUGGAUUCUCGCACCGCCAGGCUGCAGGUUCACAGGAACCCAGCGUCCGCUCGCGCGCCUUCUGGAGCCCGGGGACGUGUAGCGCAGCCAGCGGCCGGGCCCGGCGGUCAGGGCCCCCGCGCGCACCGCGUGGAAGACCCGCUCCCGGCCACCUGCACUGUCCUACGCGCGCUCCCUGCUGCGCGGGUUCUGACUGUGCGCUACCCGCCCAGGGCCAGCCCAGGUGCAAGCCAAAAGGUGGAACGGCUCGUAGCCGAGCCCGAACAAACUCCCGAGGGCAGUUGUAAUGAUGGAGAUCCUGUCUGCCUCCUUCGUCGGAGAGGUGUGUCUCGUUUCACAAAGAGCAGGAAAGGUCGGUUCUUCUGGAGAAGACAUGGCCGACACUUAAUAAGUCUCUUCCUUUAAGAGGGGAUUCCUGGUCCACCCAACCCCGCAUGGCAAGAUCAGAGUAUGUUCAUACAGCUACUAUCCCCGACACAUAUGCCCCGAAGAAAUCGCCUUUUUCUAGGAAAAAGUCCAGCUUGUUGCUGUUUGCUAGUCAGCAUAGCCUUCUGGUCUUUCCCGCCUGGGCUCCUGCAGUUUUGUCCCCUGGGAGGACCUCAGUGCCCUCUGCUAUGUGGACCACCACCCUGUCCCUGCCAUCCUCUGCCCUGCAAAGCUUGUUCUCUGAUGCUCAACCACAACCAAUUUGUCUCCCAUAAAGACUGCCAUCUUUAGCGUAUUUCAUUACAUUCUGUCUUGCUAUUCUGGUUCCCUUGAGGCAGGUUCAUUUUUCUAGCUCCACAUCCCCAGUGCCUGUUCUGGGCUCUCAAUCUGAGCAGAUUCUUGAUUAUUUCACCCAAGUAAUAACUGUACACUAUGUUAUGAAAACAAAUAAGAAGGAUGGGUGGGUUGUCUUUAAAACACCAACGCUGCCUUAGAGAACAGGGCAGGGAUGUACCGCACAACCCUAAUGACACCUUAGCUUUGCACAGGGCUUGUAAAGCAUGCUCCCAGACAUCCAGGGAGCUCCUGUCUGGCUGCAGUGCUCCAGGAGAAGAGGUCAAGUUGACCAUUUGGGUCGAUUCUGCCACCCUCUCCUCAGAAAUGUUCAGCCCUAACUUUAAAGAACCACUGAAGGAUUUGCUGCUGCUAGGCUUUGGCAUUAAAAGAAAACAGUCAGUAAAUGGUGGGCAGCUACACAGCUGCCGAGGGAGGUGUUGGGAUGUGAGGGACAUCACAUGCUCCAUAUUCCUCUAUCAGGCAGUGCCAGGCACCAGUGGGUAAUGACAGGGCACUGAGCAGGACAGCCAUGGCAUCUUUCCUCCUGGGGCUAACAGUCCAACAGGGAGGAGAAACAAUAAGUAGAAAAUUACAUGCCAUGGUUACCAUGAAGGAAAAGCCCACAGUGCUAUGGGACAAUGUAGCCUGGAGGAGGUGGUCAGGGAGAGUCACCUGAAGAAGUAAGCAGCAGAAGGAUCAGCUUGUUCAGUUCCCAAGGAAAGGUAUGGCUUGGCCUGUUUGGGGAACAGAUUGGUCUCCAUGUGACUGGAGCCAAGAAAGGUGAGGGGAGAAUGACUGAAAUGAGAAUGAAAAGGUGGGUAAAGGCCCAACACUGACCAAACUGAUAGGCCAGAAGAACAUCUUUGGACAUUAUCUGUGGACAGUUGGAAGCCUCUGAGGACAGGUAAGCAGAGCCAGAACAUGAUGAGAUUUGUGUUUUGAAAUGUCUCUCCAGUGCUGUGUGGCGAAUGGAUUGCAAGGAGCAAGCAGGCAUGGGGGAAACCAGUUAGGAGGCUGUUGCUGAAGUCCAGAGGAGAAAGAGUGGUGCCUAGUAUGAAGAUGGUGGUGAUGGAACUGAAGAUAAGUAGGUUAAUCUGAGAAGUGUUUAGGAGGUAGAAUUGGCAGGUCUUGGUGAUGGAUUGAUUGGAGGGAAUGAAGAAGAGGAAACUAUCAGAAUGACUCCCAGGUCUGACUUCAGCAACUGUGUAGAUCAAGGAGCCAUUGUUGCGUUAGAAAACACUGGAGGAGGAGCAGACUUGUGUGGUGAGAUAAAGAGUUCGGUUUGAAACAUGUUAAAUGUGAUAUGUAUUUCUUUGGUACAUUUUAAAUGGAAAUCUAAAGUGAGCACCUGGUUAUGUGGUUGUGAAGCUCAGAGGAGCUGUCUGGGUUAAAGACAUACAAGUAAUAGUCAUUGGUAUAUGGAUAGUAAUUGAAGCUAGAAUAGUGAUCAAUAUCUCUGUUACAGGAAGAGAAUGUAGUGUGAGGAAAAGAAGAGGGCCUAGGACAGAGCCCUCCGAAAACUCCAACAUUGUUAGGUGGAGGAGAGGCAGGCAGGGGGUUGAGAGUCAGUAGGCAGAGAGAUGAGAGAAAGAACAGGAAGAUGUGGUAUCCAGGUAUCGUGGAAACCAACUAAGUUUUCAAGCAGGAAGGAAUGGUUGGCUAAGUCAAAUGAUGACAAGAGAUUAAGUCAACAAGGAGUAAAGAAUGGCAUGUGGUGCUGGCAACCGACAGGUCAGGUCGUUAGUAACCUUAGAGCAAUUUCAGGAGAGGUGGGGGUGGAGACCUGUUUGGAGUAAGUUGAGGUGAAGAAUAAGGAAGUGGGGAGAGUGAGUGUAGAUAUGUUGUCAAGAAGUUUGGCUGAGAGAAGAGUGAGAGCUGAGGAGGAAGAUGGUGUUUUUUUAGUAUGCGUGAGAAAUGCAAGAGAGAAGCAAGAUCUUAUAGCAUACACAGGAGGAUGCAGGAGGAAAUGGCAUCCACAGCACAGGUGGAGGGAUUGGCCUUAGUUAAGAAAGAAAUAACUUCAUAGGUUCAUGGCUCUCAGCCUGCUGUCCAGAAUUGCCUGAUUCUCAAAUAUUUAGAGUGAGAUAUUUGAACUCCCAAAUUCAGAUUACCUAUUGUAUUAUUCAAUCUACUUGCUCACUCUCACACGCUUUUUCUUUCCUUUCCUCCCUACUCCCAUCAUCUUCUGGUUUUGCUUCCCUCUCUGUGUUACUCAUUUUCUCUUCCUACAACUGGCUUCCUCCAUAUAGCCAAGGGAGAUAGUCACCAGCAGCCCCCACUGCCCAACUUAACAGCCCUAGAAGAACCAAAAUUCCCUCUACCAGCAUUGAUAAAUCAGUCUCUGGGAAGCCUCUAAUUGUCUGUGGCCUAUGUCAUGUGUCAUGAGGUGGCUCUUUGGGGACACUGGACGGGUAGAGAUGGCACACAGAAUGAGGUCUCUGUAGGAAAGAACUGUCUGCCAAUACAAACUGCACCUAUUUAACAGUUUUUAUCCAGAGCGGGCCCUGGCUUUUAAGGAAGGCAGGAAAGCAAGGAGUAUCCUCUCUAUGCAUCCCACCUGCUCACUAGUAGCUUGCAUGUAAUGAAAUAUAGCAAGUUGCAUAUCUUUGUUGACUGCUUUAAAAUCUGUAUUUUAAAUCCUUUUAUAGACUAGAAGAUUGUUUCCUUGUCACUAUUAUUGUUUCUUGUCUUAGUCACAUUAUAACUUUGGACCGCACGUACAAUUCCUAGGACAUUAUCAAAAUGCUUUUUUUGAUUGUGUGAUUGAUUGGCUGAAUCACUGCCAGUUUUCUAACUUCUUAGGGAACAUUUAAGACAACCCCCAUUCUACUUUAAAAUAGGAUUACAGAAUUUAGAGAACAGUACAGUUAGGUCAAAAACUACCCAUGUUACUAUAAAAUCAUGGUCUUUUCAGAGGGCAAUUUGACAGUAUACAUCAAAAGCUUCAAAGUAAUAAAUCAGUUCUACGCCUGAAGAUUUCCAGCAAUAGCGGAAAGGUUAAGUAAAUUAUGGCAGUAACCACUCAAUGGAAUAUUAUGUACUUGUUAAAAUGAAAUAUGAUAAACAUCAAAGAAAAAUGAUAGGAAAUACUAUUUUAAAACUUAGAGUAAAAAAUAUAAAUAUGCUAUAAAAACAAAUACACAAAUGUGUAUACCAAAGGAUAAAGAUUGGAAUGCAACACAGAUAAAUGAAGUUCUUAGAGUGUUUCACUCAUAAAUGAAUAAUAAAAUUUCUUACCUUAAAGGGCUCUGAAGACUAACUAAAAUGAUUCACAUAAGCACUUGACAUAUUGCCAGGCACAUGGUACAGUUUAACUGUUACCUUAUUGCCAUAUUACUAUUUAUUGAGAACCCAGCAGGCAUUGUAACAAGGCACUCAAAAAACAUUAUUUCAUCUGAUUCUUAUGACAAUCAUAUGAGGUAAGUAUUAUUAUCGUAGGCGGUUAUCAAAGGAAACUGAGGGUCAAAAGGAUAAGCGAAUUGGAUCACACAGUUAAUACAUGGUAAACCCAAGAUUUGAACUCUGAUAUAAUCUGUCUUCAAAGUCUGAUGGAACCAAGAUUUUAGGGAGGAUAAAAAGAAACAGUCUAGUAGUCAGGCAUUGGAGGAAGAAACACAGAUAAGACUUGUCAGAAUUAUAUAAUGUUGACUUAAAUUUGGCAAAGAGAUGGUCUUUAAAAACCUUAAACAGACUGAUUUCCAUUGACUAGUUGGAAAAUCAGCUUGGGAUGGGGACAGGAGGCGAAUGAGACUGUUGAAACUGGCAGCACACUUUAUAUAAUGCAACUUUUAGAAAGAUAAAACGCAGUAGAGAGAAGUGGGUUAUAGAAGGUGUGCCGAUUUGAAUGCAUUUUGUACCCCAAACACCAUUAUCUUUGAUGUAGUCUUGUGGGACAGACUUUUGGUGCUGAUUAGAUUUGCUUGGAAUGUGCCCCACCCAGCUGUGGGUGAUGACUCUGGUG